AUGGGUCAUCCACUACAUAACGGCUCUAGUCCCACUAACGGCAUAUCACAUGAUUCUGAACCCGGUCCCUCUAAUGGCCAUGCUUCAUCAUCGGUCGGACCAGGUUCAUUACCCCCUCAUGUCCUUAGUUCUAUACAGCAUGUUCAACCACCGGGUAAUCUAAUGUAUGAAGAUGACCGGAAUUGGCAGGACCAACAUGACACGAUCAUGACUGAAGAUGGGAAGGAAAGUACGGAUGAUGAGCUGGAAGAAGCGCAAGAUGGACUGAGUCACCAUGAAGCUAGAUCAAUAAGUAGGAAGAUGAUCCAGAGACCUGGUGUGGGAGGGGUCAAAAGGAUGCCGGUCGAAAGGGAAGAAGCGGUUAGGUUGAUUUUACAGGGGUUGAGAGAUAUAGGAUAUCAUCAAUCAGCAGAUGUUUUAGAACUGGAAUCGGGGUAUAAUCUGUCCACGACCCAGGCCAACGAUUUCCAAUCUGCAAUACUUGGUGGAAGGUGGUCAGAAGCCUUAGGUCUAUUACCUGAACUAGGUAUACCCAUAACACCAUCGCAAGAAGCAGAACCAGAAGCUGGAUCGUCAAGCAGUAGUAUCGCAUCGGGUAAGAUACCCAAGAUCAAGGGAACCAACAGUAUCUCAGAUCAGAUGAAGUUCUUGAUUUCUCAACAGAAAUAUCUCGAAUAUCUAGAGAUAGGUCAACAGAAAAAGGCUUUGGGUGUUUUGAGAGGUGAAUUGAAUAAAGUAGCGAAAGACCAAGAGGUUCUGCAUACUUUAUCGGGAUUCAUGAUGUGUCUUGAUAAAGAUGAUCUAUAUGAACGAGCUGUGUGGGACGGUGCGCAGGGGACAUCUCGUAGACAACUGUUGGAACAUCUACAAGCCUUCAUCUCGCCGCAGAUAAUGAUGCCUUCCCGUCGACUUGCUACCUUAUUUGAUCAAGCGAGGCGACAUCAACAACUGUCUUGUCUCUAUCACGAAGAACCCGAAUCAACAUCGCUAUAUACCGAUCACAAGUGUGAGAGCGGGGCGUUCCCAUCUGUCACUACGCAUGUCCUGGCAGAUCACUCAGACGAAGUAUGGAGGAUUGAAUGGAGUCCCGAUGGGAUGUACUUGGCCAGUUCAGGAAAGGACAAGACAGUUGUGAUCUGGCAGUUGAAGAUCACAUCAAAAGAAAGUGGAGGAUCCCAGUAUGGGAUCGUACCGUUCCAGCAUCUGAAAGAACAUACGGAUUCGGUAGAUGCGAUGGCUUGGUCGCCCGAUGGGAAGACGCUGGUGACUGGUGCCGAUAAGAAUAUAUAUGUCUGGGAUGUCAAGACCGGAGAACUACAACCCAAAUCAUCAUCUGGAUCUCAGCAUACUGAUACGAUCAGUGCAAUCCAGUGGUUACCUGAUGGAUCAGAAUUUGUGGUAGCUUCGAUGGAUUGUAAAGUUGCAUUUUACAGCCCGACUGGUAAUCUACUACGCCAGUGGUCUACAAAGGAUAGGCAACUAAACGAUUUCGUCAUCACACCUGAUGGGAAGCGGAUCAUAGCCAUCACGACUCUGCUCAAACGAGUCUCCCAUAACGACAAGCUAAGACAAUCAAUGUCAUCUCGUCCUUCAGAGGAAUCAGAGAUAAUUGAGUCCACAACUGCUAUCGGCCCUAAUGGAGGACCGAUGGUACCGUUCCAUUAUGCUACGAUGGAACAUUCCCUGAUGAUGAUCAGGAUAGCGGAUCAUAAUAUUAUCGAUUCCUCGCAAGAUCUAAGGUGUGAAACUACAAGUAUCAGACUAUCAAGUGACGGAAGGAGAGUCAUCGUUAGCUGUACACCUGAUGAAAUCCAAGUAUGGUCGAUAGAUCCUGGGUUCAGGUAUAUCCGAAAACACAGCGGACACGUACAGGGUCGAUAUUUGAUAAGAAGCGCUUUCGGUGCACCCAAAGAUCGUUUCGUCUUAUCUGGAAGUGAGGAUGGACACGUGUACGUCUGGCAGGGGACUGCACCUAAUCCGAUCGAGGUGCUUUCCGGUCAUGAGAAAGUGGUGAACGCUGUGGCGUGGAAUCCUGUAGCUGCGAGAAGGAUAUUCGCUAGUUGUAGUGACGAUCAUACGAUACGUAUAUGGCAGCCUCCAUUCAACUUUGAUGAAUCGAUCAACAUCGAAGAUAAUGGAAUUAUAGGAAGGGAUGAAGACGGGGAUGGAAUGAAAGUGGAAGAUGACCAAGAUGAAGAGGAGGAAGAAGGUAUGGUUCUGUAA